GAAAACUUCCUUUGGGGCCCCUCCCACGUCUGACAGGAUAUCCGUAUCGUUUCCGGCCAGUGUCGACCCUUAGCACCAGGACAUACUAUCAGAUUGUCCCCGGCCAUAUUUUCCCCGUCGCCGUGUCCCCCCUCCGUCCCCCCCGUCCCGCCGUGUGUCUCGCCUCAACCCGACCUCACUCCAGCCUUUAGGUCCAAGUGGGAAUAGUUCGGUAGCCCGUCGUCAAACAACCACACACGCACACACACCGACAACACCGACCAACAUGGCUACCCCCCAGUUGAUCUUCGUCGACGGCACCUUCGCCGAGCUGGCGCAGGAGAUGGCCGACUUCGUCCAGGUCGGCGAGCAGGUCCAGCCUCUCCUCGAGCAGGACAAGCGCGAGGAUGCCCUUGACCUCAUCGUCAAGGCCUCCCACUCCCUCAACGCCGCCCCCGAGAAGGACUUCACCCCCGCCUACAACCUCCUCAUCCACCUCGUCCUCCAGUCCGAGGAGCCCAAGAAGUACCUGCCCACCCUCUGCGCCAACCUUCUCAAGCCCAUCACCUCGUCUCCCACCCACGGCUUCACCCUCGCCUCCAAUGCGCUCACCACCAUCUUCAACCUCCUCGACAAGUCCAACCCGCUGCGCUUCAAUGUCUUUAUGCAGAUCGUCCGCUUCAUCAGGCAAAACAGCCAGUUCGACCUCCUCAAGCCCAGGUUAAAGAACGUCGAGGGCUGGCUCCAGGAAUGGAAGUCCGACUCGGAGAGCCAGCGCAAGCUCUACGUCGAGGUUUCCGAUGCCGCCAACGACGCCGGUGAUCAGGAGGAGUCCUACUUUUACCUCCUCAAGGCUCUGGCCACUUUCGACCGCGACAACCAGGACGAGGUCGCCUCCGAUGAGGCCCAGAAGCUCUCCCUCCGCGCCCUCCGCAUGGCCAUCUCGUCGCCCACCCGCUUUGACUUCAACGACCUGCGCUCGCUCCCCUCGGUCCACGCCCUGAGCGACUCGCACCCCGUCUACUCGCAGCUCCUCGACAUCUUCACCGAGCAGGACCUCGAGGACUACAACGACUUCAGGGACGAGCACCAGGGAUGGAUCGAGAACGAGAAGCUCGACCACGAGAAGCUGCAGCGCAAGAUGCGCCUGCUCACCUUUGCCUCGCUCGCCGCCAGCACCCCGAACCGCGAGAUCCCCUACGCCAGCAUCGCCAAGGCCCUCCAGAUCCCCGACGAGGACGUUGAGAUGUGGACCAUUGACGUGAUCCGCUCCAAGCUGGUCGAGGGCCGCCUGUCACAGAAGCAAAAGGUCUUUUUGGUUCACCGCACCACCUACCGCGUCUUUGGCGAGAAGCAGUGGCGCGAGCUCGGCACCCGCGUCGACCAGUUCAAGACCGUCGUCGAUAGGCUCGUCGGCGUCGUGCGCAAGGCCCAGACCGAUGUCGAGGCCCAGCGUGAGCGUGAGCAGCAGGAGCUCGAGCGCAAGCUGGCCAACGCCGGUCUUGGCGAGUCGGAGCAGCGCGGCGGCAACCGGGGAGGACGUACCGGCGGUGCCAGACAGACGAGGCAACGCACGGAUGAUGAUGACUGAAGGGGGUUGCCAACAGGAUAUUUUGCUGCAAUAAUUGGUUGUUGCUAGUAGCAUAGAGUUAUGAGGAGGGUCUUUCAAAAAGAAAAUGAGCGAUGUCUUGCCCCUGUAUCAUCCCGCUCGGUCAUCAGUUCAGUUCAGUUCAUUUGAAUGGGAAAGGAAUUUUACAUCAAAAUGGGUUGUUGUUGUUGUUGUUGUUGUUAUCUAUCAAGGAGUUGUGAGCCCC